UUAACUCAGAAAUAGGCAAAAGGAAUAUUUCAUAUAGUUUGUUUUGUAAACUUCGCCCAUUUUGGAUUCGGCCACCCACAGCCAAGGACAGAGAAACAUGCCUGUGCAAAAUUCAUGAAAAUCUAGCCUUCAAGCUCGUAACGGCAUAUGCUGAAAACAUGUAUACCAGUCAAAAUGUAGAUGAUAUUGUUAAGACGGUCACGUGUAAAAAUUCCCUUGACAUUAAAGAAUGCAUGUAUCGUGAAUGUAAAAAUUGUAAAGAGAGCAAAGUACCAAAAAGCAAUGCAAUAGACAUGGGGAAACAGGUUAAGUGGCGUAUGUGGAAAAAUAGGCGCAUCGAAACAGAAAAAAAGACAAUGUUAACACAAGUAAUCAGAGAGGUAGAAAGUGGUACACUCGAAACGUUAGAUUCCGAAGUAAAUAAAGAGGUGGAAAGGGCGGCUAGACAUAUCUUUAACAUCAGACAUCAAUACAAAGCUAUGGCAUUUUUGAAAGACAAUAUGACUGAACAAGAAAUUUUUAUCCAUAUGGACUUCAGUGAAAAUUACAAUUGCAAGUUACAAUCAGAAAUUCAAAGUAUGCAUUUUGGUGCGUCUCAAAGGCAAAUAAGUAUUCAUACUGGAAUUGCUUACACAAAAGAAAAAUUAUGGCCAUUUGCAACUGUCUCAGAUUGUCUUUUACACAGUCCAGCGGGAAUAUGGGGUCACUUAUAUCCUAUAUUUGAUUGUUUGAAGCCAUCAGAACAUGGACAGACAAUAAUACAUUUUCUAUCGGAUGGCCCAACUACACAAUAUAGGAAUAAGACAAAUAUGUUCUUGUUUUCCACAAAGAUAUUUGACUUUGGCUUCCAAAGUGGCACAUGGAAUUUCCUUGAAGCUGGUCACGGUAAAGGGGCGGCAGAUGGAAUCGGGGCGGUAGUGAAGCGAACAGGUGAUCGUCAUGUGCUAGCUGGUCAUGAUAUAAAGUGCGCAGCAGACCUAAAAAAUGCCCUUAAAGAUUCAUCUAUUCACGUGUUUGAAGUCACAGAGUCUGAUAUAAUGGCAAUAGAAAUACCAACGGCAGCAAAUAUAAAAGCUGUUCCUCAAACAAUGAGAAUUCAUCAGGUGACGGCGACCAACCCUGGUAUUGUGUAUGCUAGAGAGCUGUCCUGUUUCUGCAAUCGACUUAAUGUAAAUGGAUGCAGCUGUUUUAAGCCAGUUAUGACUGUGUUUGACAAGGACAAGAUACUAGAAAAGUCUUCAUGUGACGAUUUAAACUGCAUAACGACGAAUCAGAUUCCUGAAAAUACUAUAAAGGAGACAUUAUCGGGAUAUCUCACUAAAGUGAUAGUUGUAGAUGAGGACCUUAUAGGGCUUUGGGCUGUGGUAGAGUAUGAUGGGUUGCCAUAUCCAGGAGAGAUAUUAGACGUGGAUGAAAAUGACGUUGAAGUUAAGGUUAUGCACAAGAUUGGUCAAAAUCGUUUUUUCUGGCCUCUUAUACCGGAUAUUCUAUGGUACGAAAAGAAGAAAGUGGUCACACUUCUUGACGGGCCCCCAGAGAAGGUGACGGGGAGACAUUGCCAGGUUCACCCUGACGUUUGGCGAGCGAUUGAGGCAGAAAUGGACUUGUAAAAAUCAAACUGUUCAGAUUGCUGCUUUUGAUUAUGAAAUGUUCUUAACUGAAAUUAAAUAGUUAUGACGUGUUAAUAAAAAUGUGUUAUUGUUACAUGUAUAUCAUUUCCAUAACGAAGCAUUCAUUACCGUAACACAUUUUCACUUCCGUAACACUGCAUAAAUUUUAAUCAGAUAGUUUAAUUCGGAUUAUAAACGAGUCAGUUUAACAUUUUAUGAUUA